UCACGCUGGAGAGAUGGCAGCUGAUCGUAGAGGCAAACAGGUUGCAGAAACGGAGUUGUCCUCAGUGUCAAGUGGGCGCGUCGUUGGUACGCGGAGACGGAACAAAAAAACCACUACGGAAGAGAGUGAUAUAUUACCGGUGGAAGACGGAGAUACCGUCGAUAGUGGUAUGCGGGGAGGACAUGCCAAAAAGAAGAAAGCAGCAGUGGAGAAUGUGGAGAUGGAUUCUUUGGAAGAGAGGCUCAUUGCAGAUGCUAGUGGUGUGUCCAUUGCCCCAACUAAAGUCCUGGCAAACAAAAAAAUUGCAGAUGAGUUGGAGCUGUAUAAGCUGAAGGCAGGCUGGCAACAGGAGAGGAUUGAUGAGCUGACCAAGGAGAGAGAUUUUCUGAAAGAACAGCUGGCAGCAGCUCUUAAAAAAGAUGGUGCAGCAUCCACCUCCACCCUGAACACAGCACCCAACUCCUCCCAGAAACGCAAGACUUCACGUUCCUCUUCUGACGACUCAAUGGAAACGUCCUCCGACAGUGAGAGUGAGUCGGAGUCGGAGUCUGACUCUGUCUCGCCUGACUCGUCUCCAGACAAAAAGAAGAACAAGAAAGACAAGAAGAAGAUGGGGAAAGGGAAAAAGAAGGUGAAAAAGUCGAAGGAAAAGGAGAUGGGCCCAAAGGCACGUCAGAGAGCCCUGAAUCCGAAGCAGGCAGUGCUCAGGUAUCAAAAAAUACUAAAGGCAUUCCGUAAAGGAGGGACCAUGGGUGCUGCGUUCUCAACCGUCGGUGUAGAUCGUAACACAGUGGUGGCCACUGCACCCAUUGCUGAGCUUUUUAUCGCUGCACCGAACAGGUACAAGGACAUCUUAGAUGGUCACAAAACUGGUCGUGUAAAACUAGCAGUGUUUGCUUCCGAGUGCUCUCUGGCAAUUGAACAGGAUUCUGCUAUAAAGGAGAAUGUGAAAACACUUAAAAACAACAACAAGCUGCUGCCCCUCAACAAGAAAUGAGCUUGGGCUAGUGUGCACUGUGAGAAUACCGGUCAAGUGGGCACACCAACAUAAAAUUUGAUAUUUUGUCCAAUAUUUUAAAAAAAUGUAAUAUUUGAAAAAUGUUACGUUGGUGUGCUCAGUUGUCCUCACUUGACCGGUUACCUACUUGAAUAGCACUGUGAUCCACUUGUGUACUUGUGUACUGUGAUCCACAAGUUGUUUUUCUUUGGAGUGUGAUUGCUCUUUGUUUACAAUUGUUUAUUUAAUAGAGCAGUUUUAUUUGUCAGAUAAGAAUGUUUUAUUUUUCCACCAUAUAGCCUUGGAGCUGUACACCAUGUAGCCUGUGAGCUAGGGUGUGUCAGUUGAUUUUUUACACACUGUUAUCUAGUGUUAUCUAGCAAUAUUUGAAAACUGUAUAUUUAUUUUACUGUAAAGCACUUUGUGCACUUUAAGGGCACACACACACCAGAAGUAGGUGGCUGCCUGAUUCUGGGAUUCCGCCAGUGUGUUUCAAUGGGAAACGAGCGUAUUCCUCCUAUCCUAGGGAUAGGGAUAGUUCACCAGUUUACUCGAAAUGUUAUGGUUUCCAAAGUGUGUAUUUAAAAGAGCUUGUAUUUUAUUUUUCUAUUUUAUGCGAUCACAGACUGUUGUUAUUUGAAGAUGUUGGUCAAAGAAUCUUUGAAGGUGUUCAGUGUUCAGUAGGUCAUCCAAAAGUUAGUUUACAUCUUGGGGUUGUACACCAUGUAGCCUGUGUCAGUUUUUUUUUUUUUUUUUUUUUUUUAAUACACACUUAUCUUUGGAACAUUUGGAAAUUGUGUCUUUGUUUUACUGUAAAACACUUGAUGCACUUUAAAGGGCUAGUUCGUGCCAAAAAUAACAUCUUUUUCCUAUGGCUUACUCAAACCACACAGCCUUUUUCAUUCUUUCAUUUUGGUCACAUUCCUUGGCCAACAAUUUGAUGAUAGCCAUAUUUUCCUCCAAUGUUUAACUAUGGAGACUUAUGGAGACUCAAGGGCCUUGGGUCUCCAUAGGAUCCCACCACUUCCCAUCAAAUUAUUAGCUUAGGACAGUGAAGGCUUUGUGGGUUGACAGAAAAUGAGUCAAGUUUACUUGAAAUUUUAUAGAUUGUAUUUGUUUAAAGCGUGUAUUUAAAAGAGCUGGUAUUGUUUGGGACCAAUAAA